GAAGCGCGCGCCCUGUCCCGCGAAACCCCGCUCCGCGCCCCGUCUUAGCCUUGCCGCGGUAAACACACAUUGCAGCCCGAGACACGCAUUGCUCUGCUCGCACCUUCCCGGCCAACUCAGAGACAGCUUGCCACGGCCGGCUGCCUUCUCCCGCACAAUGGCAACCCACAGUCUGCAAUCGCCAAACGCCAUACCCCCGCGCACAUCUUCCUACGGCCUUAGCGGCUUGACCAACGGUCAGCAAUCACCCCCGCAACGCGCCGUCUUACGCCCGCUUUCCGAAAUCGACUGGAUAGCUUCGUCCAAGAAGCCCUCCAGAAGCCAGCUCCACUCGCCGCAAUCAUCGACCCCCCCGUCGCCUUCUCAGAAACACACCUAUCCUCUGCCGAUGACUCCCCCGCCGCCUGACCCGCUCAAAGGCGUUGACGACGAACUGAUAUACGGAAAGGGCUCGGGGUGGAGCGCGGAAAAGGAGAAAAUACUCAUGGGGCCAUACGACUACCUGUACGGCCAUCCGGGCAAGGACAUUCGCAGUCAGCUCAUCGCCGCCUUCAAUGAGUGGCUGGCGGUACCCGAGAGCUCGCUGGAAAUAAUAACCAGGGUCGUGGGCAUGCUGCACACGGCGUCAUUGCUGGUCGACGAUGUCGAGGACAACUCCAUGCUGCGUCGGGGGGUACCUGUCGCUAAUAGCAUAUUUGGUACCGCGCAGACUAUCAACAGCGCCAACUAUGUUUACUUUCUGGCAUUGCAAUCGCUAUCUUCACUACACAAUCCUUCCGCCAUGGCUAUAUUCACCGAGGAGCUGCUGAACCUGCACCGGGGGCAGGGAAUGGACCUGUUUUGGCGCGACACUUUGACGUGCCCUAGCGAGGCCGAUUAUUUAGAAAUGGUCGGAAACAAGACGGGCGGCCUGUUCAGGCUAGCCAUAAAGUUGAUGCAGGCCGAGUCGCCUAGAGAAAUUGACUGCGUUCCUCUGGUCAACACCAUUGGUCUUCUAUUUCAGAUUCUCGACGACCACAGAAAUCUUAAAUCUGCUAUGCUCUCACAGCAGAAAGGCUUUGCAGAGGACCUGACGGAAGGCAAAUUUUCUUUCCCCGUCAUCCACGCCAUCCGCGCCGAUCCAUCCAAUCUCGUCCUGAUAAACAUUCUGAAGCAAAAGACCAACGACGUAGAGGUCAAGAAGUAUGCCGUCAGCUACAUGGAGCGCAAGGGAAGCUUCGAGUACAGCAAAGUCUGCAUCCAGGAACUGCAGCAAAAGGCAUUCACCCUGGUGCAUGCAGCCGAGGCACAAAUUGAAGGCGAGGAAGGAAAAGCCGGAGCAGACGGCAUCAGACGGCUUUUGGAAAAGAUGAACGUGGAUUAAGGCAAUGAAGAGCCCAUGGAGGGCCUCCUGUCUCUCGUUUGUCGGUUGGCUUGCUUGAAUUGGCGCUAGUUGGCGCACUCGCUUUGCAUGAUAUCCCGGACUGGAUGGUAUGCGGUUUCUCGUUGGGUGGUUAAUCUCACGAGUGAUGUAAGAGACGAGAACUCACUGUACAGACUUACACGUCUGUACCUAAUGCGCAACGCAAAACUUUGAAGUACAGUAGCCCCAUGUUUUCGUGUUGGCGUGUCUCAACAUCUGCACUACUACCUAGCAGCGUGCUUCUAUUCCUUUUUGCAGUCUCGCCGGUCGUCCUCGUAUGUAAGCGGGAACCUUGCGGCAUGGGAGUAAGACAGCAAAAGCAAAAAAAGAGUAAAAGGCUCUAG